AUGGUAAGAGGGGAAAAAUCUCUCAACUCGAUUUCUCACAAUCUUCCUGGAAUCUUCAAUAGACAAGAGGAGGUAGAAGAGAUAACACUACAAGCUGCUCCAGCAACAACACUAAAGGUGAAUAAGAAGAGAAAAGCAAAGAAAGUGGCUAGGAGAAGUAGUACUAGAAGCAAGAAAGUGGCUGCUCAAUAUGAUGAGGUAGAAGAUGUUACACCUCAAGCAAUGUCUGAAGAUGAGAAAGAAGAUUCUGAGAAGGGUAAUGACAAAGAUGUAACACCGGAGGCUGAUCAGACUGAGAAAGCAAUGUCUGAAGAUGAGAAAGAAGAUUCUGAGAAGGGUAAUGACAAAGAUGUAACACCGGAGGCUGAUCAGACUGAGAAAGCAAUGUCUGAAGAUGAGAAAGAAGAUUCUGAGAAGGGUAAUGACAAAGAUGUAACACCGGAGGCUGCUCAGACUGAGAAAGCAAUGUCUGAAGAUGAGAAAGAAGAUUCUGAGAUAGAAGGAGAAGCUUGUUUGACUGGACAGGAACAGCAGGAGGAUGAAGAAGAAGCUGCCAAUAUGGAAGAAGAUGGUGUUGGCAUUGGUCAAGAUAAUGCGAUUCCUAGCAACACGGAUGAAAGAAGUCAGGUACCAGAGGAAAGAGUGAAAGAAAGAAAGAAAAGAGGACCAACAAAGAUGCGUAAAGUGGCUGAAAAUCCUAAUGAAAAUGUUUCAGUUACUUUCAAUGACUUUGGUGAUCACGUUGGACCUUGUUCAAUAACAUUAUCAUCUUUUCUUAAUGUCCUUGUGAGGGAACACGUUCCGGUUACACUUUCUGAUUGGAGAAAAGUUGAUGCAGUGACUAAACAAGCAAUGGGAGGUUUAACUUGCAAGAAGAAUGGCAUAAAGUUGUUAUUUUCAAGCAAAUCGGAAAUAUCUGAAGGGUUGGAAGUCAAGGCUAUUGUCAAAUUGUGGAACUCUUGGGUUAGGAGCAAGACUAAUGCAGCUUUCACGGAAAUAAGUAACAAUUACAGGAAUAUGAGACAAAAUCAGAUUCCUCACACCACCAGCCGCAAAGGAAUGCUUCGUUUAGUUGAUGAUAUGGAACAAAUACAAUCACUUGAUAGUCAAAUGGACUCUACAUCAACUGCUGAUAACAUAAGAGAAGAUGUUGUGGGCAAGAUUUUGGGAAAAGACAAACCUGGAUGA